AUAUCCAAAUAUUUACACAUUAUAAGUUCAUUCAUGUGUCAUAAAACUAUACCCGCUAACGCUCGAAGUACACCGAAUGAUUUAAAUUCUCUACGCUUCCGCCGCAGAAAUGUACGAUGCUUCCGUGUUCAGGUUCGUCCGAGCUGUUUCCGCCGCCAUUGCGGGUUUUCGGAGUUCAGUUCUGGGUCCGCCGACUUACAUCUGAGCAGCGGGGAAAACGUCAACAUCCGGAGCUAGAAUUGGCGCUGUUCGUGUGUAACAUUCCGCAAACCUUUGGUUUUCUUUGAGUUUUCAUCUUUUUGUUUUUCUCUCGUAUUCCUUCAGUGGCAUUGACUGCGGUGUCCGUGGAAGAGGUCUUAGCACGUAGCUAGCUAGCUAGCGAGAAUCACACGGCUAUGGCUCAGAUAUUGCCUAUCCGCUUCCAGGAGCACCUCCAGCUCCAAAACCUGGGCAUUAACCCAGCUAACAUUGGGUUCAGCACCCUCACCAUGGAGUCGGAUAAGUUCAUCUGUGUCCGGGAGAAGGUUGGUGAACAAGCUCAGGUGGUGAUCAUUGACAUGAAUGACCCCAACACCCCCAUUCGCAGGCCCAUCUCAGCAGAUAGUGCCAUCAUGAACCCAGCAAGCAAAGUAAUAGCCCUUAAAGACGCUGCGAAAACUCUUCAGAUUUUCAACAUUGAAAUGAAGAGCAAGAUGAAGGCCCACACCAUGACUGAUGAUGUCACAUUCUGGAAGUGGAUCUCCCUCAACACCGUGGCACUUGUCACAGACAACGCCGUCUAUCACUGGAGCAUGGAAGGCGAUUCGCAGCCCAUCAAAGUCUUCGACCGCCACUCCAGCUUAGCAGGCUGUCAGAUCAUCAACUACCGUACUGACGCCAAGCAGAAAUGGCUUCUGCUUAUUGGCAUUUCAGCACAGCAAAACCGUGUGGUGGGAGCAAUGCAGCUGUACUCAGUGGACAGGAAGGUGUCCCAGCCGAUCGAGGGCCACGCUGCAGGCUUUGCACAGUUCAAAAUGGAGGGAAACGCGGAAGAAUCCACGCUCUUCUGCUUCGCAGUUCGGGGUCAAGCUGGAGGAAAGUUGCACAUUAUUGAAGUUGGGACACCUCCGACUGGCAAUCAGCCAUUUCCAAAGAAAGCUGUGGAUGUAUUUUUCCCACCAGAGGCCCAGAAUGACUUUCCUGUCGCUAUGCAGAUCAGCUCCAAGCAGGAUGUGGUCUUUCUCAUCACCAAAUACGGCUACAUCCACCUCUAUGAUUUGGAAACGGGCACUUGCAUUUACAUGAACAGGAUCAGUGGGGAGACCAUCUUUGUUACGGCUCCUCAUGAGGCUACUUCUGGCAUUAUCGGCGUCAACAGAAAGGGCCAGGUGCUGUCUGUGUGUGUGGAGGAAGAGAACAUCAUCCCCUACAUAACCAACGUCUUACAAAAUCCUGACCUGGCCCUGCGCAUGGCUGUCCGCAACAACUUGGCCGGUGCUGAGGAGCUAUUUGCACGAAAGUUCAACACCCUCUUUGCAGCUGGAAACUACUCGGAGGCAGCUAAAGUGGCUGCCAACGCACCAAAGGGCAUUCUGCGAACCCCUGACACCAUCCGCCGCUUCCAGAGCGUGCCGGCCCAGCCGGGCCAGACCUCCCCGCUGCUGCAGUACUUCGGCAUCCUGCUGGACCAGGGCCAGCUCAACAAGUUUGAGUCUCUGGAGCUCUGCAGGCCGGUACUGCAGCAGGGCCGCAAACAGCUGCUGGAGAAGUGGCUCAAAGAGGACAAGCUGGAGUGCUCCGAAGAACUGGGAGAUUUGGUGAAGACGGUGGACCCAACUCUUGCUCUCAGUGUAUACCUAAGGGCUAACGUUCCCAACAAAGUCAUACAGUGCUUUGCAGAAACUGGCCAGUUCCAGAAAAUUGUACUUUAUGCAAGAAAGGUGGGAUACACUCCAGACUGGAUCUUCCUGCUGAGGAACGUGAUGCGGAUCAGUGCGGAGCAGGGCCUGCAGUUCGCCCAGAUGCUUGUGCAGGACGAGGAGCCACUGGCGGACAUCACCCAGAUUGUGGACGUGUUCAUGGAGUACAACUUGAUCCAGCAGUGCACGUCCUUCCUACUGGACGCCCUGAAGAACAACCGGCCCACUGAGGGUCCACUCCAGACCCGCCUGCUGGAGAUGAACCUCAUGCAUGCGCCGCAGGUUGCUGACGCCAUUCUGGGGAACCAGAUGUUCACCCACUAUGACCGCGCUCAUGUGGCCCAGCUGUGUGAGAAGGCAGGGCUGCUGCAGAGAGCCCUGGAGCACUACAGCGACCUAUACGACAUCAAACGCGCGGUGGUCCACACCCACCUGCUCAACCCAGAGUGGCUGGUGAACUACUUUGGUUCGCUGUCGGUGGAGGACUCCCUGGAGUGCCUGAGGGCCAUGCUGUCCGCCAACAUCAGGCAGAACCUACAGAUCUGCGUCCAGGUGGCCUCCAAGUAUCAUGAGCAGCUCACUACGCAGUCCCUCACAGAGCUCUUCGAGUCCUUCAAGAGUUUUGAAGGUCUCUUCUACUUCCUUGGUUCCAUUGUGAACUUCAGCCAGGAUCCAGAGGUUCAUUUCAAGUACAUUCAGGCUGCAUGUAAAACUGGCCAGAUCAAAGAAGUGGAGAGGAUCUGUAGAGAGAGUAACUGCUAUGACCCUGAGCGUGUGAAGAAUUUCCUGAAGGAAGCCAAACUGACUGAUCAGCUGCCUCUCAUCAUCGUGUGCGACCGCUUUGACUUUGUCCAUGAUCUGGUCCUUUAUCUGUAUCGCAACAACCUGCAGAAGUACAUCGAGAUCUACGUGCAGAAGGUGAACCCCAGCCGCUUACCUGUGGUGAUUGGCGGUCUGCUGGAUGUUGACUGCUCAGAGGAUGUAAUCAAAAACCUGAUCCUGGUAGUGCGCGGCCAGUUCUCUACCGACGAGCUAGUGGCGGAGGUGGAGAAGAGAAACAGGCUGAAGCUGCUGUUGCCCUGGUUGGAGGCUCGUAUCCAUGAGGGCUGUGAGGAACCUGCCACCCACAAUGCUCUUGCAAAGAUCUACAUAGACAGCAACAACAACCCGGAGCGCUUCCUCCGGGAGAACCCCUACUACGACAGCCGUGUAGUGGGCAAGUACUGCGAGAAGAGGGACCCCCACCUGGCCUGCGUGGCCUACGAGAGAGGACAGUGUGACCAGGAGCUCAUUCAUGUCUGCAAUGAAAACUCCCUCUUUAAAAGCCUCUCUCGGUAUUUGGUGCGUCGUAAGGACCCUGAGCUGUGGGCCAGCGUUCUCCUUGAGAGCAACCCCUACAGAAGGCCCCUGAUUGACCAGGUGGUGCAGACUGCACUUUCAGAAACGCAGGAUCCUGAAGAAGUGUCCGUCACAGUCAAGGCUUUUAUGACCGCUGACCUGCCCAACGAGCUCAUUGAGCUCCUGGAGAAGAUUGUCUUGGACAACUCGGUUUUCAGCGAGCACAGGAACCUGCAGAAUCUUCUGAUUUUGACAGCCAUCAAAGCCGACCGCACUCGCGUCAUGGAGUAUAUCAAUCGCCUGGACAACUACGACGCUCCUGACAUCGCCAACAUUGCCAUCAGCAACGAGCUCUUCGAAGAGGCUUUCGCCAUCUUCAGGAAGUUUGAUGUGAACACAUCUGCAGUACAGGUUCUGAUCGAGCACAUCGGGAAUCUGGACAGGGCCUAUGAGUUUGCCGAGCGCUGCAAUGAGCCGGCCGUCUGGAGCCAGCUGGCAAAGGCUCAGUUGCAGAAGGGGCUGGUCAAAGAGGCCAUCGACUCCUACAUCAAGGCGGACGACCCGUCGGCCUACAUGGAAGUGGGUCAAGCUGCUGCCCAGAGUGGAAACUGGGAGGAUUUGGUGAAGUUCUUGCUGAUGGCACGCAAGAAGGCACGUGAGUCUUACGUAGAGACUGAGCUCAUCUUCGCCCUGGCCAAGACCAACCGCCUGGCCGAGCUGGAGGAGUUCAUCAAUGGACCGAACAAUGCUCACAUCCAGCAGGUUGGUGACCGGUGCUAUGAUGAGAAGAUGUACGAUGCAGCUAAGCUCCUGUACAACAAUGUGUCCAACUUUGGACGCCUGGCUUCUACUCUGGUCCACCUGGGGGAGUACCAGGCCGCCGUGGACGGGGCCCGUAAAGCCAACAGCACACGGACCUGGAAAGAGGUCUGCUUUGCCUGUGUGGAUGGAAAGGAGUUUCGUCUGGCACAGAUGUGUGGGUUGCAUAUCGUGGUCCAUGCUGAUGAACUGGAAGAGCUCAUUAACUACUACCAGGACCGUGGGUACUUUGAGGAGCUGAUCACCAUGCUGGAGGCAGCUCUGGGGUUGGAGCGUGCUCACAUGGGCAUGUUCACCGAGCUGGCCAUCCUCUACUCCAAGUUUAAACCUCAGAAGAUGAGGGAACAUCUGGAGCUCUUCUGGUCCAGGGUCAACAUCCCCAAGGUGCUGAGGGCAGCAGAGCAGGCCCACCUAUGGGCAGAGCUGGUCUUCCUUUAUGACAAGUAUGAAGAGUACGAUAAUGCCAUCCUCACCAUGAUGAACCACCCAGCAGAUGCCUGGAAAGAGAGCCAGUUCAAAGACAUCGUAACCAAGGUGGCUAAUGUGGAGCUGUACUACAAAGCCAUUCAGUUUUAUCUGGAAUUUAAGCCCAUGUUGCUGAAUGACCUGCUCAUCGUGCUGUCCCCGAGGCUGGACCACACCCGCGCCGUCAACUUCUUCAGCAAGGUCAAACAGUUGUCCCUGGUUAAACCGUACCUGCGGUCCGUACAGAACCACAACAACAAAUCAGUAAAUGAAGCACUUAACAACCUCUUCAUAAGCGAGGAGGAUUUCCAGGCUCUUCGCACAUCCAUCGACGCCUAUGACAACUUCGACAACAUAUCCCUGGCUCAGAGCCUGGAGAAGCAUGAGCUCAUCGAGUUCAGGAGAAUCGCAGCCUACCUUUUCAAAGGCAACAACCGCUGGAAGCAGAGUGUGGAACUCUGCAAGAAGGACAAACUCUACAAGGACGCCAUGCAGUACGCGGCGGAGUCGAAGGACACGGAGCUGGCAGAGGAGCUGCUCCAGUGGUUCCUGCAGGAGGACAAGAAGGAGUGCUUCGCAGCCUGCCUCUUUACUUGCUACGACCUGCUGCGGCCUGACGUGGUGCUGGAGACGGCCUGGAGACACAACAUCAUGGACUUCUCCAUGCCAUACUUCAUCCAGGUGAUGAGGGAGUACCUCAGCAAGGUUGAUGCAAUUAAGGAAAAGGUCGACAAGCUGGACGCCUCUGAGUCAUUGAGGAAGGAGGAGGAGCAGGCCACGGAGGCCCAGCCAAUAGUUUAUGGCACCCCCCAGCUGAUGCUGACUGCAGGCCCCAACGUUGCUGUUCCCCCGCAGCAGCCCUACGGCUAUGGCUAUCCUCCCAACGCUGCUGGCUACGGCCAGCCCGCGCAGACGGGCUUCAGCUAUGGCAUGUAAUGCCUGCCGUCCCCCAGCUCUCCAUCCCUCGCUCCUCAACUUCCUUACCAGCUCAUUGUGGGUCUGCUCUCAAAGGGUUGCGCAGUCAAUGUUUUUAAAUUAUUUUCCUUAAAAUACAUUUGAAGGACUUUUUUUGUUUCAUUGUUAAAGAAAAUAAUUGGACCACAUUUUGUUUUACAUUCCAUAUUUAAGAUGACCUGUUUAACAAGAUUUUUUUUUUUUUAAGGGGGAACAGCAAUUAACAUAUGUUGUGAAGCAUCUGAUUUGCACUCUGUCAUGAGAGGAAACUAAUGUAGGACAUCCUAAUUUCGAUGUGCUGUAUGUGGAAGCUUACAUCGUCUGUAUGUAUAUUGCAUUUCAUUAUUGUAUAUUCUGAAAAAGGCUUAAAAAAAACAUUUGAAUUUGAGCGUAUGCAUCCAUGGGUACAUUUAGCAACACUAAGUAAUAAUCAAAUAUUCUACACAGGUAUGUAGCUGUAUGGAAUUUUAAGAGCAUACAGACAUGAUUGAUUAUAGAAGCAAUUUUAAUCCCUUAUCAUAAAUGGCCUCCUUGUCCACGUUGACGUUAACACCCUUACAUUCACUCCAAGUGUAACAGGUGAUCUUUUGUUGUGUUCUCUACAGUGACUUGUGUGAUACCAUUUCCAUAAAUGAGCAAGGGAUAAAAGACUAUUCUUCUGACUUGUGUGUAUUUACUCACCAUGCAAUUUCCUUGUAUUGAGGUUUGUGUAUGCCUGGUAUUGUGAUGUUCUAGCUCACUAUUUUGAGUGUACAGAAGAAUGAUUAUAGAAAUGGCUACAUUGCUUGUCCCUUAAGUUCUGCUGUGUGUGUUACACACUCCAAGCAAAUAGGUAAUAAAUUUAUGGGAUUGUGAUAGUUUUGGUGGCUUGAUUGUAAACUUGCUCAGAUUAAAAUGAAAAAAUCCAACCACAGCA